UCGAAAAGAUGAACACGUCUUUUAUAAUCCUUACGAUUAAGAUAAAUGUGUUACAAUGUCUGUUACACUAAAAAAGUAGUUCACAUAUCUCAAUAACAGAAUAAACAUCACUCGUGUCACGUACAUUUGUCGUUUCAGGAAUGUGUUGACACAAUUUCCACAAUUAAAGAGGAGCAGGAAAAUGAAUUUGCCUUAAAAAAUUGAAUGAAACUAUUAAACCUGUUAUUACAUGCCUUAAAACAAUUAAAGGCUUUAGUCUGAAAAUGUUUUGCAUGUCUGUGUUAGGGAAAGUCAAGGCCUAUUAGACUUUAAGAAUAUUAGACAUAUAGUACUGUUUAAAUAUUACUAUUUAUUUAUUUAUUAUUGAGUGAUUUUGUUUUGUUACUGUUUGGUACUGUCACUGUUAUUCGUAGGCUUUCAGUUAAUUUGACUGAAUUGCUUGGUGUGUUGUUAAGUCGCCUCGUGUGGUUCUGCAACGUCGGUCCUGCAAGCAUAUUGCAUCACGAUGACGUAUGAUCGAGAACACUAUAAAUAGGAGUGCAGCCGCUCAUUCUGGCGUAGAGAGUUAAGGCGAAAUCUGUUGUGAUAUCAAUUGUGACAUUCAUAGCGAGAUUCAUUGUGUGAGCCAUUGUGCGAACAACUUCAAGAUAUUUUACAAAAUAAACUGCGGGAUCAGUUGUGAGUUAGAGAUCCCUCUUGACAGAACAACUGCUUCAUCCAUUGCAAGAUUCACUGCGGGAUCAGUUGUGAGUAAGAGAUCCCUCUUGACAGAACAACUGCUUCAUCCUUUGUGACAUCCAUUGCAAGAUUCACUGCGGGAUCAGUUGUGAGUAAGAGAUCCCUCUUGACAGAACAACUGCUUCAUCCUUUGUGACAUCCAUUGCAAGAUUCACUGCGGGAUCAGUUGUGAGUUAGAGAUCCCUCUUGACAAAACAACUGCUUCAUCCAUUGUGACAUCCAUUGCAAGAUUCACUGCGAGAUCAGUGCUGUAUUAAUGAAAAGUCAGAGGUUUCGAUAUAUUUAUAUUUUUGAGACCCCCCACUUUUAGUCUUAGAGAGAUCAGUCUCUACUAAAAUGAAGCCCUGGAGGAAAAAAUUUAAAUGGCUUAGCUUCUGCUGCCCAUGGCAGUGCUCAAACCUCAAAAGACAACAGUAUGCCAGUGAGGUUUACAUUCAAACACAGGCAUAUUUCAGUGAAACAGAGAUCCAGCAAGGAACAGAUGCGGUACCCUCUUCACCUGACAAAGUGGCAAAACCAUUAAAGGAUCAUGUGACGCCUCAGCAUCAAACCUCACUUGAUGACUUCGAAUGUUUUACACAUUUUCCAGCCAUCACAUUGGUAGAACCACUGGUGAUUGAAAUGACCCCUCAGCACCAAACUUCACCUGUGGAAGAAGAAGAACUGCCAAUGUGGCCAUCCUUCACGGAGAAAGACUUGACUCAGGAACAGGCGACACAGCAAGAGAGACCUCCUGAAUACUGUGGAGAAAGAAAGAUAAGAAAGGAGCCACUGGUGAUAAAAGUAACCCCUCAGUGCCAGAUUUCACCUGUGGAAGAAGUAGAACUGACACUGUGGCCAUCCUUCACAGAGGAAGACUUAACUCAGGCACAGGCGACAAAGCAAGAGAUACCUUCUGAACGCUGUGAAGAAAGAAAGAAACCACAGGUGAACAAAGUAACCACUCAGCGCCAAGCUUCACCUGUGGAAGAAGAAGAACUGGCACUGUGGCCAUCCUUCACAGAGAAAGACUUGACUCAGGCACAGGCGACAGAGCAAGAAAGACCUCCUGAACACUGUGGAAAAAGAAAGAAAAGAAAGAAACCACCGGUGAACACAGUAACCCCUCAGUGCCAGAUUUUACCUGUGGAAGAAGAAGAACUGCCAAUGUGGCCAUCCUUCACAGAGAAAGACUUGACUCAGGCACAGGCGACAGAGCAAGAAAGACCUCCUGAACACUGUGGAAAAAGAAAGAUAAGAAAGGAGCCACUGGUGAACACAGUAACCCCUCAGUGCCAGAUUUUACCUGUGGAAGAAGAAGAACUGACACUGUGGCCAUCCUUCACAGAGAAAGACUUAACUCAGGCACAGGCGACAGAGCAAGAGAGACCUCCUGGCCGCUGUGAAAAGAGAAAGAAAAGAAAGAAACCACCAGUGAACACAGUAACCCCUCAGUGCCAGAUUUCACCUGUGGAAAAAGAAGAACUGCCAAUGUGGCCAUCCUUCACGGAGAAAGACUUGACUCAGGAACAGGCGACACAGCAAGAGAGACCUCCUGAACACUGUGGAGAAAGAAAGAUAAGAAAGGAGCCACUGGUGAUAAAAGUAACCCCUCAGUGCCAGAUUUCACCUGUGGAAAAAGAAGAACUGCCAAUGUGGCCAUCCUUCACGGAGAAAGACUUGACUCAGGCACAGGCGACAGAGCAAGAAAGACCUCCUGAACACUGUGGAAAAAGAAAGAAAAGAAAGAAACCACCGGUGAACACAGUAACCCCUCAGUGCCAGAUUUCACCUGUGGAAAAAGAAGAACUGCCAAUGUGGCCAUCCUUCACGGAGAAAGACUUGACUCAGGAACAGGCGACACAGCAAGAGAGACCUCCUGAACACUGUGGAGAAAGAAAGAUAAGAAAGGAGCCACUGGUGAUAAAAGUAACCCCUCAGUGCCAGAUUUCACCUGUGGAAAAAGAAGAACUGCCAAUGUGGCCAUCCUUCACAGAGAAAGACUUGACUCAGGCACAGGCGACAAAGCAAGAGAUACCUUCUGAACGCUGUGGAAAAAGAAAGAUAAGAAAGGAGCCACUGGUGAACACAGUAACCCCUCAGUGCCAGAUUUUACCCGUGGAAGAAGAAGAAGUGACACUGUGGCCAUCCUUCACAGAGAAAGACUUAACUCAGGCACAGGUGACAGAGCAAGAGAGACCUUCUGACCACUGUGAAGAAAAAAAGAUAAGAAAGAAACCACUGUUGAUAACAGUAACCCCUCAGUGCCAGACUUCACCUGCUGAAGAUGAAAUACUGCCGCUGUGGCCAUCCUUCACAGAGAAAGACUUAACUCAGGCACAGGCGACAGAGCAAGAGAGACCUCCUGGCCACUGUGAAAAGAGAAAGAAAAGAAAGAAACCACCGGUGAACACAGUAACCCCUCAGUGCCAGACUUCACCUACUGAAGAUGAAAUACUGCCGCUGUGGCCAUCCUUCACAGAGAAAGACUCAACUCAGGCACAGGCGACAGAGCAAGAGAGACCUCCUGGCCGCUGUGAAGAAAAAAAGAUAAGAAAGAAACCACUGUUGAUAACAGUAACCCCUCAGUGCCAGACCUUAUCUGAUGAAGAUAAAAUAUCGUCGCUGUGGCCAUCCAUCAUAGUAAAAGAACCGGCUCAGGUCGAGAGGAUAGUGGAACAGAGACCACGUAAAAGGGAUGGUAAAAUAAAUAUAAGUAAAGUACCUUUGCAUCAGGCUCCACAUGCUGUCGUCGAAAUGUUGCCUGUGAAAGAAAGGCAAGGAGAAACUGAUCAUCCAGAAGUUAUAAUUCAAAGACCUUUACCAAAACUUGCUUGGAUGGACACAGGCAACGUACCAGUAACUCAACUGGAUGAUUUACAGGUGGAUGAAAAAGAACCGGCUCAGGUCGAGAGGAUAGUGGAACAGAGACCACGUAAAAGGGAUGGUAAAAUAAAUACAAGUAAGGUACCUUUGCAUCAGGCUCCACAUGCUGUCGUCGAAAUGUUGCCUGUGCAAGAAAGGCUAGGAGAGAAAAAUGUGAACCAAACUGAUCAUCCAGAAGUUAUUAUUCAAAGACCUUUACCAAAACUUGCUUGGAUGGACACAGGCAACGUACCAGUAACUCAACUGGAUGAUUUACAGGUGGAUGAAAAAAGCAGGCCUGAAGAUCAAGUGAUGAGAAGAAUAAAACUUUUUGUGCCAUCAUAUGCUGAGGAAACUUUUUUCCAAAGGAAAAAGUGGAUACCAAAGGUUGACCCGAAACAUUUUUCAGUUAACACUCUUACAGCAUGGAGGGUCUCUAAAAAAAGACAGCAGAAGGAAGAGGAAUUAAGAAAACAGAAAGAGAAAGAACAGAUACAGGCUCUUCACAAAAAAUAUUUCAACGAUCCAGCGAUGAAACAUCUCAUAAUUAACAAAAAUAACAGAUUUAAUAAGGAAAAGAAUAGGCCAACCUCUCCAUGCUGUCUGCCAUCUAGAUUUACACUCCUUCCCUAUCUAUAUUGUAAAUAAAAUCUAUUGAAAAUGUAGUAAAAAAA